GAUGGCGUACAUUAUCAUCAUCUGAUUCGUGAAUAUGUGUGAGAUUUAGUCAAUGUGAUUAACGUCCUUAAACAACCUUUACACCAAAAUUUCUGUUGAUUAAUAUCUUUUUUUUGUUUAAUUUGUGCUUAAUUCUUCUCCAUUGUUCCAAAUUUUAGGGACAUCAUGUUGCCCGGUCGUCUUUUCAGGCUUGCUAAAUCAAUCCCAGCUCCAGUGAAUCGUCGAUUUUCCACUGCUGUAGCUCAACGUCUUGAGAAGCCUCCACUUCGUGGUCAACAUCGUUAUAUAUUGCAAAAUGUUUUACUUUUGGCUUUUGCCGUUUCCUUUGCUUCUGGAUAUGCAUUGAAUACAUUUUUCUGGAUUCCAAGGAAAGAAAGAAUGAACAAAUUUUUUGAUACUUACGAUGACGAGAAACGGACUGAAGAAUUGCUUGCUGGAGGAAUUCUCGAUUUAGCUAUUGAUGAUGUUGAUUAGAUGUUUUACUCAAUGUAAUUAUAAAUGAAAUGAAGAAAUGAAUUUUCUUGUGUACCUUAUCCUUUAAGAUGUUAAGAUCUUAACAUGUAGUGAAAUAAUAUGAACCAAUUUAAAUACUAAAUUGAAAAUUACUUUAAUUUUUAUCGAGAACCCAUUAAACCGAAAAAUCGAAGAUUGCAGAUUAUAUUCACUCAAAAAAAUACUAAAGAUCAUUGAUAAGAAUAAAGUAUUGGCUUAGAAAGAGUA